AUGCUAAUAGGUGUCUCUUACCAUCAGGUCAACGUUCCCAAGACCCGCCGCACCUAUUGCAAGGGCAAGACCUGCAAAAAACACACUCAACACAAGGUCACACAGUACAAGGCCGGCAAAGCCUCGCUAUUCGCGCAAGGAAAGCGUCGAUAUGACCGCAAGCAGUCCGGUUAUGGUGGUCAAACGAAGCCCGUGUUCCACAAGAAGGCCAAGACAACCAAGAAAGUCGUGUUGAGAUUGGAAUGCACAGUAUGCAAGACCAAGGCACAAUUAUCGUUGAAGCGAUGCAAGCACUUCGAAUUGGGUGGUGACAAGAAGACGAAGGGUGCGGCUCUUGUGUUCUAA